ACGCCAACGGGGAAAAGGGAAGGUAGGGAGAGAGAAAGCGAGAGCGAGAGAGAGGCCGCCGAGACCGGAAGGGGAAGGGGAAGGAAGGAGGAGGACGAGGAGGUUGGUGGUGGCUUGUGGAGAAGCUUCUAGAAGCCGCCAUGGGGGACUCUAGCGGCUCUGUGUCGGUCGACGUGGAGCGGAUCUACUUCGGCGGCAAGGCGCAUCCUGUGAGAACGAGAUACGGCUCUGUAUCCGUUUCUGUAUAUGGAGAUGAAGACAAGCCCGCCCUCAUUACAUACCCAGAUGUAGCUUUAAAUUAUAUGUCUUGCUUCCAAGGAUUGUUCUUCUGCCCAGAGGCUGCGUCCCUGUUGCUUCACAAUUUUUGUAUUUACCAUAUUACUCCUCAAGGACAUGAGUUGGGAGCAGCUCCAAUUUCAUCUGAUGUGCCUGUGCUGUCUGUUGAUGACCUCGCUGAUCAGGUUGCGGAUGUUCUUGAUUUCUUCGGUUUAGGGUCUGUCAUGUGCCUGGGUGUCACAGCCGGUGCCUACGUUCUCACCCUCUUUGCAACAAAGUACCGGGAAAGGGUUCUUGGCCUAAUGUUGGUUUCACCUCUAUGCAAAGCCCCCUCCUGGACCGAGUGGUUGUAUAAUAAGGUAUUGUUGAACUUGCUUUAUUAUUGUGGGACACGUGGACUAGUGAACGAAUGCCUCCUUCAGCGAUACUUUAGCGCGGAAGUUCGCGGGGAUGGACAAGAUCCGGAAUCAGAAAUUGUGCAAGCAUGUAGAAGUUUACUUGACGAGAGAAAGGGUGUUAAUGUAUUCCGAUUCCUUAAAUCAGUAAACGAGCGACGCGACUUAACUGAAGCAUUGAAGAAGCUUCAGUGCCGGACGCUGAUUUUUGUGGGAGAAAACUCACAGUUCCAUGAUGAUGCUGUCCACAUGACCACAAAAUUAGACCGGAGAUACUGUGCCCUAGUUGAGGUUCAGGCAUGCGGGUCGCUUGUCACCGAGGAGCAGCCACAUGCAAUGCUUAUUCCGAUGGAGUACUUCUUAAUUGGAUACGGGCUGUACAGACCGUCCCAGCUUGACAGCAGCCCCAGGAGCACUCUAAACCCGUUCUGCAUAUCGCCUGAGCUACUAUCGCCGGAGAGCAUGGGAGUGAAGCUGAAGCCCAUCAAGACUCGGAUCUCCCUCAAUGUUUAAUAUGGGCAAGAAAAUCUUGGUUGUCCGACAAUAUAGUUCACGAGAACAAAUACUGCUAGGGGCGUUGGGCCAGUCAGAGCACAAGUUUUGAUACCUACAAGUACCUCGCAAGUUCUCAUAGAUCGAUCUGUUAAAUGGCAGUUUUGGCCGUGGAUUGCUGCAAUCUGCGUCGAUGGGAUAGGGGGGGAAACUAGUCUGAGGCUGUAGGGGAGGAAUACGGUUGUUUGUUCAUAUGCUUGUAGUUCACAUGUGUAUAUAUACGUCAUCACAUCGUUCCACACAGAGAAGAAUAUAUAUGGUAAAUCAGAAUCCUGUCCAGAAACUUUGCUUUGCUGAAAGUUUAGCCUGACUGGUUCUAGCUCUGUGUCCUGUUGGUGUCGCUUCAGACGAGCUAUUGCUGUGUCAUGGAUCGAGUGAUCGCUGGGUGGUCUGGUUAAAUGAAUGUGGGUGAGUGGUGGCUCUACCGUCGAUGGUUUAGACUUGAGAAUCUCCCUGUCAUGUAUGGUUGGCUCCUUGUCACUUUCUGUUUGUUGUACCAACAUGAAACACAUGCAAAGCAUUGUACAGCAUAGCCGGUACACAUCUCGAUUACUCCUGCAGUCGGCAUGAACAACUACAACAGAUACAAGGGGAGAUUUGGGGACAGGAAUAGGUGAAUUAAGGUAAAGAAGAACUUGGGAGAUAAUUCAGAGAUUCUAACUUCUGCGAAGAUGAUAAAUCAGGAUUCCAUCAAGCGACCUGUCUUCCAAGCCAAAUUGCCGGUGAAUCAGUUUGGAUGUUUGGGGAGCAGGAUCCAUGGGGAUGGGUUAAUGGGUUACGUGACGGAGGGAGUACUAGAUUUCAGGUAAGCACCAUGCCUGUUACUCUCAUGGUCGCAUAAUCCCCAGUUCUCUCGAUUCAUUAUUACUGAACUUGAAGGAAUCAUAUCUAAACAUUUUGAUCUUGCGAUUUUUCAUUUGGAGGGCUCUCGCGUCGCCCAGCUCGGGCGACUCGGGGGCGACCCCCGCCGCCAGCCACCGCCACCCUCCCUCCCUUCCUCUCCCCUCGCCGCCGCCGGAAAUCGUGCGGCCGACGAGGAUGCUGGCGGCGGGGCUGUUGCUGCUCCAUCUCCCGUGCGAGCCGCCCAAAAUCUCCACUCCACCUCGGGCUCCUCCAAGAUCCGGGACCUCCUCGCCCCGUGCGUGUGUGUACCGGCCCAGGUCGCGCGUCCCGCGGGCUCCUCGGCCCUGCUCCGGCCAACCGCCGCCGUCGGCCUCGCCGCCUGCACCCGCUUCCCCUCGCCGUCCAUCCCGUGCUCGGUCCCUGCCAAAUCCGGGCCUCACCCUCGCCAUCCCUUGUCCGGCCGCCUCCACUCCAUGCAUGGCCGCCGCCGCCAAUUUCUGGCUCCGCCACCAACCUCUGUUGCAUCCCUCAGGUCUGCACCAGCCUCAUCCCCAUCCCACCAUCACCAGCCCCUUCCCUUGCACCUCACAGUUCAAAAACAUCUUGAGGUUCACGCUGAUUAGUGAUGUUUCGCGCUCCUUUUUUCUCUCAUCGUCCCUCCCUCCGUUGGCUAUGGCAUUGUCAUGCCUUCGGUAACCAUGGCUUGCAGUUGGCAGUUGUGGUGGCGGCAUCGCUUAACGGCUGGUGUCGUGGUUUUGACCUUGAGAUCUCUAUACAACCUGUGCUAUUGAGCUCUGGGAUCCGUGGUUAUGCAGAUGGCAGCCAUGGAGGCGGCAUCCUCCCGUCGGAGAUGGCCGUGAUAGAGGGCGUGUGUGCUGUAUGCGGCUUUUGAUUUGUGAAACCAACCUUCCACCUUCCACAAUGCUCCCGUGGUCCCACUUAGCUCCUCGCCACCGUGUUCAAGCUUAGUACAUAUCCCCACUGCGCCACAGCUUCAUCGCCAUUCUUGUCUCCAAUGGGCCGUCGCAUGUGAUCUUCAUUUACACUCCUCAUGGGCUAUGCCCUUCCAUCUCGUGGAGAUGUUUUCACUUGCUGCACUCUUUUUGAUCGCGUUCUUCCAUUGUGGAUGUACCCCCCAUCCAUCGUGUGUGAUCGACGAGCUUGACUCUUCUCCUCUCUCCUACGUACUCACCAACCAUCCCCGGAAUUUCCGGCGGUGUGUGCGUGGUGGUUGAGGGUUGCUGAUUGUGUUGCUGUCCAUUGGAGAGAGUUUCGGUUGUUUUGCCUGCUGGCCGUUGGAGUUGUUCGGAACGGCUCAACGCAUGGUUCAAAGUUCAUUUCUGUGCUGUCUUCAGGCAUUUGCGCGGCCAUUGACAGUCCCCUUUCUCUGCUCGUCGCCCGGUGUCGGCUACAACAUGACCUCUGCUGUAAUUGGAGUCUCCUAGUCGCAGAUGUUUAGGAGUUUUCCUCUUUCGUGUGUGUACUGGGUUUUGGUAUUUUUCAUGUGUUCCUUGCUCCGGCAAGGUGUAUUGCCCGUCGGGUUUCCUUUUGGAAAUAUAUUCAGGUGGAAUUUUCAACCCCC